AUGACAAUCUAUAAAACUCGACAAAGAAGUUUGCAAGCUUAUCCUUCAGCUUCACAAAAAAAUGUAUGGUUUUUCGACUUGAAUCUUGAUAUUCCAAUGGAAACCCUACUGAAUUCUGAUCAAUUUUCAAUGAUUCUCAAAAACGCGAUUAUCGAUGAGGUUAAAAUAUUGGAGUUGGGAAAUCUCAAAACACUUUUUGCUCAUAGAAAUGUGUGCAUUUUCACUUUGGAUUUGAAAUAUUUGUCAAAAAUCGAGAGAUAUGUUAGACAAUUAAUUUUUUAUCGAAAAUUUGUGGUUGUUUUGAGAAAUCGUGAAAUUGUUUUCUGGAAUUUUAACAAUGUUAAAUGUUUGCGAAAUAAAUGA